CUUUGUUGCUUCGGUUGCUUCCGUCUGUCGCUCUACUUUGUCGUCACUGCUAUGUAAUCAUAAUGCGCUCUCCUGAAAUAAAAAAGAAAACACGUGUGAUACUUGUCAACUCAAGACAACUCUAAGGUCAGGAUGAGUGAGGAGGCAGAGCGUUUGUUGAUCCAGUUUCAGGAUGAGGGUGGCGAGGCCUUGGGGUCCCCCUUUGAUGUCCCGCUGGACAUCACCCCAGACAAACUGCAGCUGGUCUGUAAUGCACUCUUGCAGAAGGAGGAGCCGGUGCCCUUGGCCUUCUUCGUGAACGAGGCGGAGAUCGUGUCGUCACUCCGUGUGUGCGUGCAGGCGCUGGACCUGGAGACGGAGCGGGUGCUCCCGGUGGUGUACCAGCCGCAGGCGGUGUUUCGCGUGCGUGCCGUCGCCCGCUGCACCAGCUCUCUGCAGGGGCACACGGAGGCCGUCAUCUCUGUCGCCUUCAGCCCCACGGGGAAGUACCUGGCCAGUGGUUCGGGGGACACGACGGUAAGGUUCUGGGACCUGACGACGGAGACGCCGCACCACACUGCCAGAGGACACACUCACUGGGUUCUCUCAAUCGCCUGGUCACCUGACGGCAAGAAGCUAGCCUCUGGGUGCAAGAACAGCCAGAUAUUCCUGUGGGACCCCAGCACGGGCCAGCAGGUUGGGAAGACCCUGACGGGACACACCAAGUGGAUCACAUGGCUGUGCUGGGAACCCCUGCAUCUUAACCCGGAGUGCCGGUACCUUGCCAGUUCCUCUAAAGACUGCACGGUGCGGAUUUGGGACACGGUGUUGGGCCGCAGUGAUAAGAUCCUGACGGGACACACUCAGUCAGUCACCUGCGUGAAGUGGGGCGGGGAUGGGCUCCUCUUCACCUCCUCUCAGGACAGGACCAUCAAAGUGUGGAGGGCCAAAGAUGGGGUGCAGUGCCGCACCCUGCAGGGCCACGCCCACUGGGUUAACACUCUGGCACUCAGUACCGACUACGUUCUCCGGACUGGAGCGUUCGAACCCGCAACCGCCACCGUCAACGCCCAGGACCUCCCUGGAUCGCUGGAGGAGCUGAAGGAGAAAGCCCUGCAGAGAUACAACAGUGUGAGGGGCCAGGGGACGGAGCGGCUGGUGUCGGGCUCUGACGACUUCACCCUGUUCCUGUGGAACCCCGCGGAGGAGAAGAAGCCGCUGGCUCGCCUGACGGGUCACCACGCCCUCAUCAACGAGGUGCUCUUCUCCCCCGACACCCGGCUGCUGGCCAGCGCCUCCUUCGACAAGUCCAUCAAGAUCUGGGACGGCAAGACGGGCAAGUACCUGACCUCCCUGAGGGGGCACGUGGCGGCCGUGUACCAGGUGGCCUGGGCGGCCGACAGCAGGCUUCUGGUGAGCGGAAGCAGCGACAGCACCCUGAAAGUGUGGGACGUGAAGACGGGCAAGCUGAGCGUGGACCUGCCUGGGCACGCCGAUGAGGUCUUUGCUGUGGACUGGAGUCCAGAUGGACAGAGAGUAGCCAGCGGUGGGAAGGACAAGUGUCUUAGGAUAUGGAGGAGGUAGCCCUUCUGCAGCUAUACACACCCUGUGAAAACUACACCUGCCCAACGCCUUGCAACCUGGCGUCGCCCUGCAUCACAAACGGAGUGCCAAGGGGACUCUGGCCAUUUUUAAGGAGCACAGAGUGAACCUUAUCCUUUUACCUUCAAUGCACCUCUCUGCCGAGUGAUAAAGACCUUCACUGCCUGCAAGUCAAGUCAUGUGACAGUCAGAGGAGGUGAGGGUAAUCGAACCACUGCUUCUCACCGAUCACCUUACCUUAAUCCUUACUGUCUCUGGAGGUUCUAUCUUGGAAAUAGAUAUGGAUCUUUGUUUUGUCUUGUGUAAGUGUCUCUCUGUAUUUACUCAUUUUCUGAAUAAAUACAGAUCAGAUGUGGGCUCCCCCAUUGGUCCCCACUCCUCAUUCCAGUUUUGAAUAAAUGCAGACUCCAGUUCUCUGGGGUCUUUGAGAGUCACAAAGUA